ACUGCAAGCUCCAAUAAUUCUUGCAAUUCUAUAUUUUAUUUUUAAAUAUAUCUAAAAUUAUUAGUAGUUAAAAUAAAACACCAAACAAUAUUCUAAAAACUAAUUUCACUAAUGAGAAAUAAAAGUAUAAAUCAUUUUUCCUUCAAUGGUUGGCCAUUAAAAAAGGGUCUAUCUCCAGAGGUGUGAGUGAAAAGAUAAGGUGAGUGUAACUAAGGCUCAAAGCGACAGCAUGGCACUUGAUUUGAAGCACCACCACACAUCCGCCUUGAAACACCCGCGGUGCGCCGCCCCUCAGCCGCGGUCCGGCUCUCUGAGAGUGCAUGCGGUGGUAGGCGGCAGAGCGCAGGAGCUGAUAGAAUCCGGUGCGGUGACCCCCAUAGCACCAAAAGAUGCAGCCGCGGCAAUGGAGUCCCAAGGCUACAGAUUGCUGGACAUCAGGCCGCAGUGGGAGAGAGAGAAGGCACGCGUUUCGGGAUCGAUGCACGUGCCGUUGUUCGUGGAGGAUAAGGAUAACAGCCCCAUCACACUGUUGAAGAAGUGGGUUCACUUGGGCUACAUUGGGCUGUGGACUGGCCAGUUGUUUACCAUGAUCAAUCCUACUUUUCUCCAACAAGUGGAACAAGCUGUCCCUGACAAAGAUUCUAAGCUGCUCGUAGCGUGUGGGGAGGGACUAAGAUCUUUGAUGGCUGUCGCGAAAUUGCAUAAAGGAGGAUACAAGAACUUGGGGUGGCUGGCCGGAGGGUUCACCCGGGCGACCGACGAUGAUUUUCCGGCCGUCGAAGGUAGUGAAAAGUUGGAGUACGCCACAAUUGGAGGUGCAUCUUACUACUUCCUUAAGUUGCUUCUUUUAAUACAAGCUGUGGGGAAAAAAACUUGAGCCCCAUGAGAGCAUUUGGAGUUGUAGCCAAGAUAUUCGAAACCUUGAAUUGAGAAAGGUAGAAAAAUGCCUAAUUCUUGCAGUUAUAA